CUCAAGUCUUGACCAGAAAGAGCCUUGAAUCUGUUUGAACGUUUGAGAGUGACCGAAAAGUACCGCAGUGUCCUACCGACAUACUUUGAACGCAGCCAACCUCCGAGAUCGUGGACGAACGCACCCCUCCUGUCUCGCAUCUGCCGAUUAGCCCAAAAGGCAUAGCGCCAGACAAGUCGAAUUGAAGCCUCCACCUCCGCAUUGGACGAACCGAAUACCAACUGAUUUCUGUCCGCGAAGAGUGCCUCGGAACCAUUUGAUGGGCUGGGUUUGUGAACCUUGCGCCUGCGAAUGAUCCGCUAUUGACGGGCCCCCUCCCUACGGCUGAAGAGCGAGGAUCAACGGAUCAACCCCAAGCGCCGCAUGCCAGUGCACUAGAGAGGACACAACAUGGCUUUUCCCAGCGGAACACCAUAUCACGCAGACUCUGAUGCCGACGACGAAUACGAGAGAAGCGUCAUGACUUCACCAACACAGUUACAUACGGACUCCGAGACCUCCUCCGAACCUGCUUCCAACGAACACACCCCGACCACAUUUGACGCCACUGGGGAUGAUUCCAGUUUACCAAGGACAAUAAUAACAGAAUGGACGCCGGAAGAGUGUGCACAAUUUGUGGCGAGCCUGAAUUUACGGCAGUAUGGUCAGGCUCUAAUAGACCAUACCAUCUCAGGCGAAGCGCUUGUAGCCCUCAAGCAUGAAGAGCUCAAAGAAAUGGGUAUAACCAGCGUGGGACAUCGGCUGACCAUACUGAAAAACGUCUACGAUUUAAAAGUCCAACAGGACAUUCCCGUUGAACCAGACGAUUACGUUCCGCCAACCGCCGAGCAGAAUCCUCAACACGCGAUGGCCACGAAAGAAGAAAUCACACGUCUAGCCCGAUCAAUUAUCCGCCUCCGUGACGAGCGAAUAGCCCAAACCGAAGCUCAGUUGACCAGGUUGGCGGACGACUACCGCAAACUGCGCCAGGAACUCUUGCCCGUCUUCAAAAUGGCCAAAGAACGCUCCGAACCUCUCCCUUACGCCCCUUAUCAACCUUCCUCCUUAAGCCCCGAGAUGUACCAGCAGGACAGUGUGCCCUCUCCCUUGCCUCCGGUCGUCACGCCGCAGCAGCUUCCCGAAAAGACAAGUCUUACUAGGACGUUCUCAAAAAAGUUGGGACUCAGCUCAACACCCAAGAACAAUUCACCCACACAUAUCCCGAGCACCAUCCACGAGGGUAGAACACACCCCGAAAAUAUGUCGCUCGAUCCUAGCGCAGCUGCGAGCCUGGCGAGCAAUUCACUGACGACGCAGAUGUCGGGUGGGAUCUUGCCGCAUCCGAGUCCCGGGAUCCCGAGCCCGACAAGCCCGAUGCCAUACCAGCACCAACCGCUCGCGCCGCGGUCGUACCAGCGCGACGGAGGAAGCUUACCGAAGUAUGAUGGCGCAGAGGACGGCGCGAGUAAAGAACGGGAGCCGCCAACUUCGGCGAAAAGUGUCGGCGCGAAGAUCAACCCGACGAACUCGAUGCUGAGCAAUGCAAGCACGUUCAUCCCUCCAAGAGAGCUGUCGGCGAGUGUACCGCCGCAGUUACCGAGUAGCGCGGCGGGCGGGCACACGCCGGGCACUGGUAGUGGUGGCAGUGGCGGAGAGGCGCCGAGCGUGGAGAUAUUCAAAUCCUUCCGCGUGGGACUGGAGGAUCCGUGUUAUAAGGUCCUCCCCGCGGCGCUGCGGAAAUAUAAUAUCCAGGCAGACUGGCGGCAGUAUGCGCUGUAUAUCGUGUACGGCGACCAGGAACGGUGCGUGGGUCUCGAGGAGAAGCCGCUUGCCUUGUUCAAGGAUCUGGACAAGGAGGGGAAGAAGCCUAUGUUCAUGCUGCGGAAGUUGGCGAAUCCGGUCGUCGACAUGGGCAGUGCGGUUGGAGGGCUGAAACCAUUAGGAGGAGGUGCGAGUAUUUCGGGAGCGGCAAGUGUGAGGAGCGCGAUGCCGCAGAAUCUGCCGGGUGGUGUUCUGUAGCAUACACCUGCAAGGUUCGUGUGCAUGUAAGAUUAUUUGUGUUUUGCACAAAUUUUGGAUUAUGUUGGACUUUGAAAGGUCUCAAUAUGUACGGUCCAGCUUGAGCGAGGGUGAUUCCUUUUUGGUUAGGCAAUUAGCGAGAACAGCACAGCACAGCACGCGUGGGUCAUGGUCGCGCAUUUGCAUCCGAAAGAUUUCAGAAGUCCAGGUGUCUGGCAUGGUGUCGUAUUCGGGCAGCAAUAAUAAACCCAAAGUGGAUGUAUCUGAACCUGUGAAGAGGGC